AUGGAGGACUUCAAUGCUUGGCUCUCCUUCCCAAUCCAUGAGAAUCUCAACCAUGAUCUCGCUAUUCGAAGGUUCUGUCCAGCAAGACUUGAGCAAGAACAAGGUGGAGGAGAGUGGGAGGAGAUACUAAAUGAGAUUGAGUUUUGUUCACCCUCUUAUGAUUCAACCACCACUCCUUGCUUGCCUGCUUCUGAAGUUGAUGAGUUUGUUGACAGCAUCAUCAACAUGGAUCACUGCAAGGAUGUCAACGACGAUUAUCAUCAAUCCCUGGAGAAACAACAAAGUAGUUUUGAUUACUUCCAAGAUGGCAUGCAGACAUUUUCAAUGGAGGAUGAUUUGUAUGGAGAUGUCAUGAUGAUGAUGGAAGGAGAUGAUCAGAUGGAGAUGUGUGGCACAGUUGAGGAUUUUGGAGUUGUAGAUGAUCAAACUAGUAUGGUGCCUAGUAUUGAAGAGGUAAGCCAUGGUGUGGACCAAGGGCUUCACUUGGUGCACAUGUUACUGGCUUGUGCUGAAGCUGUGGGGUGCAGGGACACAAGGCUUGCAGAAUCAUUGCUCACCCAAAUCUGGGCUUCGGUUAGUCCUUUCGGCGAUUCCUUGCAGAGAGUAUCAUACUGCUUCGCAAUGGGGUUGAAGUCAAGGCUCUCUCUUCUUCAAAAUGUGAAUUUAAAUGGUACAUUCAACAAUGACACUAUGGAUGUGUCGAUGAUCGCUAGGGAGGAGAAACUGGAGGCUUUUCAACUCCUUUACCAGACAACUCCCUACAUAGCUUUCGGAUUCAUGGUUGCAAAUGAAGCUAUAUGUCAAGCAGCGCAAGGGAAGGAGAGCUUGCAUAUCAUUGAUUUGGGAAUGGAGCACACUCUUCAAUGGCCAUCCUUGUUAAGAACCCUUGCAUCAAGACCCGAAGGCCCGCCUAAGAAACUCCGAAUCACAGGACUUGUUGAAGAUGAUAAUGUCUUCGAGCUUGAAGCUGGGAUGAGAGUUCUGGUGGAGGAAGCUAGCUCACUUGGGAUACCAAUGGAAUUCAACAUGAUCUCGGAGCCGGUAAAACCAUCACUUCUAACUAAAGAGAAUCUAGACUUGAGAGAAGGGGAAGCAUUAUGUGUCAAUAGCAUAAUGCACCUACAUAGGUAUGUCAGAGAGAGUAGAGGGUCUUUGAAGGCAAUCCUCCAAGCAUUGAAGAAACUAAGUCCUAGUGUGCUUACAUUAGUAGAACAAGAUGCAAACCACAACGGGCCAUUUUUUCUUGGAAGAUUCCUCGAGUCUCUUCACUUUUAUUCUGCAAUUUUCGACUCACUUGAGGUGAGUCUGCCUCGAAACAGCCCUCAGAGGACGAAGAUAGAGAGACUUCACUUUGCAGAUGAAAUUAGGAACAUUGUUGCCUUUGAGGGAUUAAAUAGGGUUGAGAGGCAUGAAAGGGCAGACCAAUGGAGAAGGCAACUAGGCAGAGCUGGGUUUCAAGUUAUGGGAUUGAAAUGUACAAGUCAAGCUAGGAUGAUGCUAUCUGUUUAUGGCUGUGAUGGGUACAGUUUGGCUAGUGAGAAGGGUUGUCUCCUCCUUGGGUGGAAGGGAAGACCCAUAAUGUUGGCAGCUGCAUGGCAAGUGAACAAUGCCUCUUCCUCUUAGCCUCCUCCAUGAUAUAAUUUGCAGUUGAUUUGGAUUCGGUUAGUCCAUUAGUCAAAUCAUUUUUAUCGCCUGGAAAGUAAUAAGGUGGGUAAUCUUGUGAUCAGGGAACCCAAUGAUACUACAAAUUUUGUUU